GUACAAAAGUUGCGGAAAACAGCAGUGUCGCCACCACCACCUUGUUGGCCAUCUGACCAUGCCCGAGGCGAGAAAGAGAGACCGCGACGAGGCAGGCGCGAAGGACGCCCGAAAGAGACAGAAGAGAGGCUUCGUGGUGGGACCAGGGAAUUUGCCGGAUGGUGCCUACAAGCGCAAGACGCAGGAAAUCAAGCAGAGUCUAAUUGCAAAGGCAAAGCUGCGCAAGAAGUAUGAGAAACUGAGGAAAGAAGGGAAGGUGGCACAGGAAGAGGAUCUACCAAUGCCAGCAUCGUUGGCGGUGGAGGAGGAUGAAGGUGAAGGUGAUGAGCCGACCACCGCGCCACAUCCAGAUCGACAGAACUUGAUUGAGGAGGAAGCAGAGGCGCCGGAAGACUCGAGGAAGGAGGUGCCCCGGCGGAAGCGCAGAGAGAAAUUUGCGACGUUUAGCAAAGAACAUGAGCAAGCUCGUCGGCGCAAAGCUGAGGCAGAGGAACGACGCAAGGCGCGAGAGGAGGCUGAGAGGCAGCGACAAAAGAAGAUCGAAGAGCGGGAGAAAUUCAGAAAAGCUAUGGCAAAAGCACGAGGCGGUGGGCGAAAUGGGCAGAGGAAGCUGGGAAGAGAGAGUCAGCCGCUGUUGGAGAAGGUGAAGAGGCUGAUGGGCGAGAGUGGAUGAGCAGUGCAUCGGGUCAACACGAGCGAUGCUGGUUGUCAUGGGUGUAUGUUCUACGUCUAUAGAGAGGCUUAAGCGUUCUG